GAUCCUGGUUCAUUGUCAAGAGAGUAUUUGAUCAAAUCGUCAAGUAUCGUGGCUUCAGAGCAUGCAAUGAUCCUGCUAACUCAAACCACACUGGCACUGUUUCAGGCAGAGAAAGAAUACAAGGAGGCGUUGGAUGCUCUAGCAUUUUUGUUGGAGUUGAAGCUUCAAGUUCUAGGUGACCCUACUAAGGAGGCUCAAAUCUGGGACAUUGUUCUCGAGGGAUGGGAUCUGGUACAGCGUACAAGAAAGAAACGUAAUGAGUUACAGAUGCUUCAACCGUGUACAGAAAGAUUAGUAGACACAGCAGCAGAAGUGACUUAUAUGACAAGUGCCAAGGUAGUUGCGGUGAGUGCUUCAGAGAAAUUAAUAACUGUGAACAGGUAUCUCCGUGAAACCACAGAGGCUUCUGUUAUGGCAGAAGCCAGACUAACAGAAACUGAAGUGAAGACAAUAUAAGUGGAAGGCAAGUAUGCCGAAGAACACAAAGAAGAGUUGGAGGAACAGAGACAAAAGCUCAUAGUUGAAGGAAUUGUAGUUGCUGGUGGUACUAAAGAUACUGUUGAUUUGAAAAAGGGUGUUACUAAAGAUACUUCUGAUUCAAAAAAAGGCUAUACACAUUAUGAUACAAAUUUAAAAAAAAUGAACAAUCAACAACAAAGGAUAAAGAAAAGGAUGUUUUUUUUUAAUAAUUGACAAAUGGAGCUCAACUGGAGUAGAUAAAAGUGCACAAGAUAUUUGACUUUAUUUCAGCGAACACAGUGUAGAAAAUGAAUAUGUAGAUUUAAAAGUUCUUUAUUAUUUAAAAAAAGGAAUUGGGUGGAUAAAGAGGAUGUUAAGCAUUUCAAUAUUGGUUAGUAGAAAAUUCAAUUUUAAAAAGACUUAAUCACAGUUUGUCAAAAUGAUAUUAAGUUGUUUAAUUGAAAACAUUCAAAAAGGAAUGUUUGCUAUGUAUUUAUAGUAGG